AUGCCCUCCACGAAGCGCCUUCUCUCUGACUCCGAACCGCAUACCGAGCAUGCGCCCUCCCAGGCGAAAAAGCCUCGCGUGUCGAGCGAAGUGGCGGAGCACAUUGUCGAUCAAGCGAAGCAGGGACACGCGAAGCGCACUAGCACUAAGGACCGCAAUGCUUUAGCGGAAAUUACCAAUGAGGGCGCGACUGUCAAAGGCACGCCAGCUGAAUCUGAGCCACCACGACCUAACGCCGUUGCCGUGCCUGAACAGGCAGCAAAAGGACCUAAUGACAAGUCUGAGCCUGCACCUCAGAAGGAGACUCGCCAAGAGAGCUUUGAGCAAAGGCACCUCCGGAUGGCCUGGGAAACGAACGGGGUGGUUCUAGACUGCACUAUGGGCAUGGAUGGACCACUCCGUUCGUUGCGGGGUAUUCGUUCUGUCGAAGCAGCCCAGCAGGUCGUCAAGGCGGGUCUCCACUCUGCCCAGUCUUCGGAGUGGCCUCGCUUGGACAAAGCUCAGAUUCUGAAUUGCCUUGUCCUCACCAUCCAUCAGGAUCCCGUUACUUCGCUCUUUAGGGAAGAGUUUGUGGGCUGGGUCGUCCCCCGCAAGGGCGCCCGUGGCACGAGAGGUGCCACAUUGGACGUGACACCUCUGGAUAAAAGAGCUAUGAUGGGAGCGCGCUGGAAAGCUUACGUCGAGCGCGAUCGAUUGUAA